AGGAAUACUGCUAUCCAAGUAACCAAACACAUCCUCAUUAAAUACGCAAAAGCAUUAUUACUGCUUGUAUGUACAACUGCAGUUCCCUCCACCAAAUUCCAUCGGCGUUUUCCCUUUCUUCUCAAGCUACCAAUCCGAUCUGAAUCGAUUGUUUCUCUCUGGAGCUGAAAAAAUUGAAUACGUAAAGAAACUCUAACCUACCAGAAAAAAGAUGCCUGCACAGAAGAUAGAAACAGGCCACAGCAAUGUCGUUCACGAUGUAGCCAUGGAUUACUAUGGAAAACGAGUGGCCACAGCUUCAUCCGAUGCCACCAUUAAAAUAAUCGGAGUGGGGAACAACUCCACUUCUCAGCAUCUCGCCACCUUGACCGGUCACCAAGGUCCAGUCUGGCAGGUAGCGUGGGCCCACCCCAAAUUCGGUUCCAUUCUCGCUUCAUGCUCGUACGAUGGCAAAGUCAUUAUCUGGAAGGAAGGCAAUCAGAAAGAAUGGUCACAAUUCCACGUUUUCAGCGACCACAAAUCUUCGGUUAACUCCAUUGCUUGGGCGCCUCACGAGCUUGGAUUCUGCUUGGCCUGUGGUUCGUCCGAUGGGAAUAUCUCAGUCUACACCUCCCGAUCGGACGGUGGAUGGGAGACCACCAAGAUAGACCAAGCCCACCCUGUGGGGGUGACCUCGGUAUCGUGGGCCCCGUCUAUGGCUCCCGGUGCGUUAGUCGGGUCUGGAGCGUUCGAGCCCGUUCAGAAGCUGGCUUCUGGUGGAUGUGAUAACACCGUUAAGGUGUGGAAGCUGUACAACGGCAGCUGGAAAAUGGACUGCUUCCCUGCUCUUCAAAUGCAUUCUGAUUGGGUGAGAGAUGUUGCGUGGGCCCCGAAUCUUGGACUUCCAAAGUCAACUAUUGCCAGUGCUUCUCAGGAUGGUACCGUGGUUGUGUGGACCGCGGUUAAGGAAGGCGACCAAUGGGAGGGUAAGGUUUUGAAGGAUUUCAAGAAUCCUGUUUGGAGGGUUUCUUGGUCACUGACUGGGAAUUUACUUGCUGUUGCUUCUGGUGACAAUAACGUCACUCUGUGGAAAGAAUCGGUCGAUGGGGAGUGGCAAGAGGUUACUACGGUCGAUCAAUAGAGUUCGGGUUCUCGUUUUUUAGCUGCUGAAUGAAAAAACAGGGGAGGAGAUUUAUUUUAUUUGUCUAUUUAUAUACAUGUUUGGGCAUUGUUUAAGACCGUUUUUCUUUUUUCUUUUUUGUUUUAGUUUUUUUUCGUGUACUCUAGAUUCAUUGUAGUUGAAUGCUUUUGUCUCUGUAUUUGGAUAUGAUUGUGGGCUUAAAAACUUAGGAGAAAGAAAUUUCUGGUUUUCUUCUGCAGUGACAGUUUGAUUUUAUUUUCUUCA